AUGAAAUUGCUUAGUCAGCAGCUUCCAAGCAUCAUUUCAAAUCUGAGUCUUCGAUAUCCCCCUGACAACUUGAAGGCAGGCAGGAAGGUUGACUACACUCUACACCACAGCGUCUUAGCGGCCUAUAAAGAAAGACAUCAGUUUGCAGCAGACCAGUUUUGUUUUCUGCCCAGCGUUAACCCAGGAAUUUUACCACUCACCCCGGCUGGGCUGCGCGGCCGCCCUUCCGCCGGGCCCGCGCUCACCCCUCGCGUCCGGGUCGCCCUGGUCGCGGUCCUCGCAUCCUCCCCGGGGUCCGCCGCCCCUCCGCGGGCCUUCCCAUCCUGCCUCCCCUCCUUGGAGCCGGCCGCUCCUCUUGAGCCGCGGCACUCGCGCAUCUCGCGGCUCCUCCGCAGCCGCCGCUCGGCUGCAGAGGCCAGCGCUCCACCCCGAAUGAUCCCGUGGCGGUUUGCGGGGCUGUGCUGUUCCAGCUCCCGCAGGGCGAGCCCUCCGGCGUGGGGCCCGGCCCUGGAGUGUGGCUGUGAGCCCCAAGAGACCUGCAGACCUCUUCAGACCACCGUGUAUCUUUCAGGACAGGAUUUCUGCGGACAGCAUUUGGAGUGUCUCCCGCCAAAAGCAAAACACUCGGGACGACAGAAGCUUAACUCUGCUCUUACCCCCAGCAGAGCUUCAGAAGUUCCUCAACUGUGAAUCAUUGUGAUGGUGUACAGCAGGAAUGGCCUCAUCUGGAAACCCUCUUGGUCCAGGCUGGGUUGUGAGGCACGUUCAACUCCUCAGAGACUAAUAGUAAGGAACGCAAAGAGUAGUUUCAUCAUGUGA